GCCGUGAUGACGGCCGUGUACCCGGCCAGCACGAGCACGGCGUUGGUACCGUGCCCUCAGCGUCGCCCUCACGCCGCCCCACAGGACAGUCCGGACGUGUUCACGGACGAUGAGGGCGCACCGGUGCGCAGGCUCACCCCCCUCGAGCAGCUCAACCUGGAAAUGUGCCAGGACGACAGGGUGGUGCGCGAGAUCACCAUCGGGCGCAGGAUCGGAUUCUACAAGAUCCGGGGAGAGAUCGGCUGUGGGAACUUCUCUCACGUCAAGCUGGGCGUUAAUGCUCUUACCAAAGAUAAAGUGGCCAUUAAGAUCCUGGACAAGACCAAGCUGGACCAGAAGACCCAGAGGCUUUUAUCUCGUGAGAUCUCCAGCAUGGAGAAGCUUCACCAUCCCAACAUCAUCCGCCUGUACGAGGUGGUGGAGACGCUGACCCGCCUGCACCUGGUGAUGGAGUACGCCGAGGGGGGCGAGCUCUACACCAAAAUCACCAUGGAGGGGAAACUGUCCGACAUCGACGCCAAAGUCGUCUUCUCUCAGAUCGGCUCGGCCGUCAGACACAUGCAUGAUAAUAACAUCAUCCACCGCGACCUGAAGGCUGAGAACGUUUUCUUCUCCUGCAGCACCUGUGUGAAGGUUGGUGAUUUCGGUUUCAGUACGGUGAGCCGACGGGAUGAGACUCUCACUACGCUGUGCGGUUCUCCUCCGUACGCGGCGCCCGAACUGUUCCGUGACGAGCGCUACGUCGGCAUGUACGUGGAUAUCUGGGCACUGGGCGUGCUGCUCUUCUUCAUGGUCACGGCUACCAUGCCGUUCCGAGCCGACACCGUAGCUAAACUGAAGCGCUGCAUCCUGGACGGGGCGUACUCGAUGCCCGAGUGGGUGCCCGAACCCUGCCAGUGUCUGAUCCGCUCCGUCCUGCAGCCGCACCCGUCCGACCGCUGCAGCCUGGAGCAGAUCAUGAACAGCGACUGGCUGAUAAACAUCGACUUCCCUAAAGCGACGGAGCCGUUCAGGCUGGACCCGCUGUACCUGGCCGAGUCUGAGCCGGGUGAGCUGGAGGAGGAGGAGGUGGAGGUGAGGAACGCCCUGCAGACACUGGGCAUCACCACCGAACACAUCCGAAACAACCAGGGUAAAGACUGCAGGAGCUCCGUCACCGGGGUCUAUCGCAUCCUGCUGCACCGCGCUCACAGACGCCGUGCCGUAGAGAGCAUGCCGCUAGUCACGCACAACGUUAACGAAGCUAGCGUGGCUAAGAAGGAACGACUGAAGGCCUACAGGAGCCUCCGACACACCUCCAAACUCUGUGUCAUUUUGUGA